AUGCAACGCCUCCCAGGCUCUAUACCCGAAGACCAGGCGCUCGAGGUGCUGCUCUCUUAUCUCUUGCUCUUCCGUAAUGGCGUUCCCAUCGACAUGACCAAUGCAACCAAGCACCGACUGAUCAAGGAGCGUGCGCGGAAGACCGUCUUGUGGCUACCGAUGAAGCGCUUUGUGGACGAGGCGCUCGAAGGGUCUGAGGGUGAGCGGAGCUGGGCCGAGGUGAAGGAGGCCACGAUGCAGAUGGCGAAGCAGCUGCUUGGAACGAACAGGGAGAUGGGGAAACCCAAUGGUGGCGAGAUGGGGUUUGGCCGUUGGCAAAACUCCGAGUGCGAGGAGAUGAGGUCGACCCUGCGAAAGAUGGAACAUGCGCCGGGACGCGUGCGACUCGAAGACUUCCACGGAAGUCCCAAGUUCACCAACUACCAAUUCACGGAGAAGGAGGACUAUUUGCAGCAGGCUGGGAUUUUGGAAGAGAAGGCAGGGGAGAGGUCGGUGCUCAUCGCCAAUUACCUCCUGGGCGCCUCCAACUGCAUCGCCUCCUCGGAGUACUUCUCGGUGUGCUGCCUGAACGAAUGCGAGGUCCUGGUGAACCAAUUUGAGGCUGCAGUGCAAGCGCCCGGGGCACCUGUGUCGCAGGUGAUGCAGGUGGCACGGGAGUUGAAUGCCUCAGCAGUGGAUGAACUUGCGGACGCGGCAGAUGAGUCGCAGGUGGUGGUUUGGCACACAGCUGGCUUCAGGCACUGGCUUCACCGAGCCUUUCCUUACCAAUGCCCACGACCGACCGCUUCAGAAGAUCAAGCGCUUCAGGCAGAGCUUGCAGAGGCUCAGGAGUGGAUGAAGAUGGACGAAGCUGCCCGACAGAAGUGGAAACCUUUGGUGGUGCAUCCCUCAGAGUGCACCCGCCUACCCCAGUGGCAUGAGGAGGAGGAGGAGGCCACGCAUGGAGUGGUGGAGCUGGAAGUCUAG